AUGAUGCAAUUAUCUAAACAUGGAGUCAAAUUAAUAUCUAAUCAUCAAUAUCUAUCAUCUUCAAAGUUGAUGAAAUCAACUGUCGUCAGCAGCUAUAGUUCAGCAUCCUCAUCUUCAUCCUCAUCUUUAUCAUAUUCAACCUCAACUUCACCAACAUUAUUGUAUAAUAAUAGUAAUAAUAAUAAACAAUGUAUACAUUCAACAACAACAAAUAUAAUUAACAACAAUCAAUCUAAUCAAAUUAGACAAUUUCAUACAUUUAAACAUACAACACCUGUACUUUACCAAAAUCAACAACAAACAACUACUAGCAACAAUGUAAUGAAAAAGAUAUUAACAAAAGAACAACAAGAAAUAUUUAAUCAAAAUAUUAAAGUGUUGGGAGAGAUAUUGGGAGAAUUACAAGACUUUAAUGCAACCGAUGCAUCGUUGGCACAACAGAUUAAAGAGGCAUUGGAGCAGUUGGACGACUCGUUAUUCUUGUUGGUGAUUGUUGGUGAGUUUAAUAGUGGCAAGAGCUCUUUUCUCAAUGCAUUGCUUGGUGACACUUAUCUAAAGGAGGGUAUCACCCCAACUACCUCCAAGAUCAAUAUCAUUACGUAUGGAGACAAGCAGGCCGUUGCACCAGGCCGUAACUCUGAGCAGGAGAAUAUCGGGUUGCCUGUGCAAUGGUUGGCUGAUAUUGGGUUGGUCGACACACCAGGCACCAACGCUAUUGUGCGAUCGCAUCAAGAGAUUACCGAGCACUUUGUGCCGCGCUCUGAUAUGGUGUUGUUUGUGACGAGCGUGGACCGCGCAUUCUCAGAGAGUGAACGCAAGUUCCUCGAGUCAAUCAAACGAUGGGGUAAAAAGAUCGUGGUCGUCUUGAGCAAGGCCGAUCUCGUUGAAAGCAACCCCAUGUCGGCCAACCCGGCCGCCGACCUAUGCGAAGUGGAACAGUUUGUGCAAGAGAACUUUAAGAAUACCGUCGGUGUCGCACCCACCAUCUUUCCAGUCAGCUCCAAGCUCGCACUCAAAGCCAAGUUGCGUGUCGCCAAAGAGACUGGUGGCCAACAACAUGUCGGUUCAGAUACCUAUGACGCCGAGUUAAAGCGCGAUGUUGGCUGGAAACAGUCGCGUUUCGCCGAUCUAGAGAAUUUCAUCAUGAAGACACUCGACAGCGGUGAACGUACACGAUUAAAGCUGCUCAAUCCACUUGGAGUCGCGUCGCACGUGCUCGGCGGACUUUCAGGGGAGAUUGACACACGCGCACGUGUCUUGUCGACCGACCUCAAGACACUGCAAUAUGUCGAAGCACAGCUCGAGCAGUUCCGCAUAGAGAUGCAAAAAGACCUAGAGUUUCACCUACAACGUAUCGACAAUGUAUUGCUCAAGAUGGAGACCCGCGCCGAUGCAUUCCUCGACGACCAAAUCCAGUUUACCAACAUUCUCAACCUACUCAAGAGCGAGAUGGUCAAGCUCAAGUUUGAAAAGGAGGUGAUUGGCACCACCACUCACGAGAUUGACUCGCAUAUAUCUUCUCUGAUCGACUGGCUCGUUGAAAAGAACUCCAAGCAGUGGCGUGACAUUAUGAGCUAUGUAGAUGCCCGCUCAUCAUCACGUCUCGAACAACUCAUUGGCACAGUCAAUAGAAGUGGCGACUUUUUAAACAGUCGUAAGAACCUACUCGAACAAGUCAGUGCCAGUACAUCUAGCACACUCCAAUCAUACAAUCGCGAAGACGAAGCUACCAAGAUUAGUUCAGAAAUUAGAAACACUAUUUUCAAAACAGCAGCCAUUGAAGUUGGUGCUGUCGGUCUUGGUACAAUCAUUACUGCCUCACUCCUUGAUCUUUCUGGUAUUGGUAUUGGAGCUCUUGCUCUUGGUGGUUUAGCUUUACUUCCAAUUAAAAAAAAUAGUUUAAAAAAAUCUGUACAUUCUAAAAUUGCUGAUCUUAGAUUUAAUUUAUCAAAUGUGAUGAGAGUUCAUUUUGAAGCAGAAUUGGAAUCUGGCAUUCAAAAGAUGAAAGAUGGAAUCAGUCCAUUUAGUAGUUAUGUCAAUAUUGAAAAUAAGAGAUUAAAUCUAUCACAAUCCAAAGUAAAAGAUUAUUCCGAAACUAUUCAAUCUAUUCGUCAUGAUAUUGAUAGAUUAAAAUAA